AGAAGUCUCAGCCUUUCACACCUAGCAAAAUUCAGCCUCCUCUACUAUAAAUAGGAGGCUCCUUGCACCAUUGUAACUUGAACAAGAUGAAGUGAAAGAUAGAAAUACAGAACACUCUUCCUCCAUCCCUCUCUGUGCAUUUGUUCUUGUGUUGUGAGUGUGAUUGUGAGCAAUCUAGUGAUUCGAUUUCUAACAGUACCAAUAAGAUUGUGGUGUUAUAGGGGAAAAAAUUUGGGUGAGCAAUGCGUGUAAUGUGUCUCCCGUGCGCGCCCUUCGCUGAUGCUGUAAUCUAAGGGCCAGCACGGGAGUCGCGUCGUCGGCUCCCCUCAGCUCCUCACGUACACACCCAAAGGCUCCACCAUGGCUCCUCGGCUCAGGUGUGAGUGCGGCUUCUCCUCGAGUAAAGGCUGCUGGACGCGGCUUCUCCUCGAGUACGGGCUACCGGACGCUCAGAGACAGAGGCGUAGGCGGCAUCCCAAGGCGUUGGCGACGGCGGGCUCACAGCCGCGCCAAGCAGCAACAAAUCAUCCACAGCCGUGCUGCACCGACCUGGCCUGCUGCCGUGGAGACUGCACGCAUCUCAUCCGAGGAGGAGGCGAAGGCGGCAGCGAUAGCAGUGGUUCCGCUGACGUGCAAUACAUCGAAGUCAUCGAAUGCCCACGAGUAGGCGCGUCGACCUGGCGUCGGCUUCCAAGAACACCUCCACGAACACAGGUGCCGCCUCAUCCGUAGACAGCCAUGACCGACGACGUCAAUUGGUACCAUACAUAAAGCCUCCAUUAGAGAAGAUGAUGCCGUCAGAUCAACAUAGCACAAAUCUUCUUGCUCUCCAACUUCUGCCAUGGAUGCUUCUGGACGGAGGCGACGACGGCGGCGUGCAAACUGCCCACACUAGCUAGGCCUCGAUGCAAUCUGCAGACUCGAGCCAAGCCAAUCUGAACUGAAGCCAAACCGUCUGUGAUUUGUCUUGAGCUGAGAGUCCAUGCAGCUUCCGUCAGAUGGAGCCGGUGGCACGCAUCAGCUUCUGACACCCCCUUAUUUGCGAGCAAUGCUCGAUAGACGUUUUGAGCACUUCCGCAGCGGCAGCAAACAUGCUCAGACAAAAAUCCAGGUCGACGUCGACGGGAUGCGUCCCCAAUUUGCUGGGGGCCGCCUUACCGUUUGGUUGGCACUCGGAGCCGUCUCUCACCGGCCGUGCCCUUCAGGUGUUCGUGGCAAUGCCUGUAAGGGCCCUGUCCGCGGCCUUGGCGGGUGCACGUGCGACGGGACAUCCGAGGCUGGCAGCAACAGGGGAAGGCGACACCCGUGACUCGUGCACAGUGCAGUGCCUUGUGUGAACUGGAUCUUUUCUUGGCCUCGGGGAGGUCAGAGUAAUGCUUUGCAAUUGGAGGCUGCCAGUGCCAGGAACGGGGGAAGGCAACUUCUGUCAUCACCCCAGUGACUCGGUGCAUUGCGCACUGGUGGUGUGAACUGGGGGUUGUCUUGGAAAAAUUGGGGAGGUCCCGGCAGAUGCUUUGCUUUGUUGCUGUCUGCAGAUUCCAUUUCGGCGCCCCUGGGUUGCCCACCUACCCACCAUUGCCUUCAGGUAUUAAAAUUUCUAGCAACUUUUCUUUUGCGCAUCUUUGCAUCAAUUCAUUUCAUAACUAAACCAAGCUCCUGCUUAAUGAAAUACAUGCAGCACAUGUUCUCUAAAAAAACUAAACCAAGCUCAAUAUGCUAUUAGCAAUUGGGCAUGAUUUUUUGUUGAAUCUGAACGUACCUCGUGACUUCACUACUGACUGGAGCCUGGGAUGUCAUUCUUUACGAGGCUCGAUGUUCAAGCUCCACUGUCAAGUAAUUAACAAUUUGGAUACCAAUCGAGUCGUGAUUAAGAAAAGGUACAACUUACCAAAAGCUUAUUGGUUGACACAGUUUGCAUUGGGCUUUUAAUAUGCCAUGAGCAGCUCAUAGCUUUAGUUACAGAUAACAACGUGGGCAUUGAGGUGGGGUCUACUGAGUGUGUUGUCCAGUCUGAGAUGUCCUCAUCUAUCAUGCUGAUUGCUCCUAAUUCCUUCGAUACAUUACAUGUUUACUAUAUGAUGAUGAGUAUUGUAGUACCUUCCAAUACAGUCCAUGUGCCUAUAUGAGCACUACAGUAUUGGCCUACAGAGUUCUUAUUUAUUAUUUAUAGACAACUCUGAUAGAACAAGGAAUCAAAUCCAGUCACUAGGGUGUGUAUGUGGCUGCUAAAUGUUACCCUUUUAUGGAGUAAACAAUACCCUCUGUCUUAGAUUUGGAGUUUUUCUGGGACUGAAGCACUAGGGUUUAUCUUUCUGAUUUUGGGAGAGAAAAAUGACUUUGUGCAUGCACUUUACUGUCCCUGUCCUUCUGAGCCCCAGCCUGUGUAGACUCUCAGAGUUGACGAGGUCCCACUUAGUACAAGUCAUUCACACUCGUUGAAAAGUCAUACAUGCAUGCUGGAGUCAUUUAGCCUUAUUUUCUUGAAAGACUUUAUUUUUUUUUUUGAAAGAAAUCAAUUGAGCCUUCAAUGGGUCUUCAACUUGUCAUCUUCGCUUGGGCAUUGACCUCACCCAAGUCUCCGUCUUCCUUCUCCGCCAGCUGCCAGUUUUCCCUCUCUUUUUGUUCAGAACCAUCCUUGAAUUUCUCCUCAUUCCAGAUAUAUCAUCUCUAAAGCCAAGAAUCCCUUGCUCUGUUCUUCAAAUGCAUGGUUAGAGGGCAAUUUCACCUGAGAGGCCGAGGUUAACAACCUUUGUUGGAGAGCAAGCAGCCAUGGCCAGCACCGCUGCUGCUCCGGAAGCAAGCAACAAUCACAAUGAAGACAGCACCACACAUGGGGGUAGCACAGGGGAAGAAUCCAUUGAUAGUUCGUCCACCAGGAAGUUGCUAGCCCCUAGCCAUGAAUCUGAUUUUGAGCUCCUGUGGAGGCUGCGGAAGUAUCUGCUGCUUCUUGGUAUCCUAGCUGUUAGUGUUACAUACAAUGCUGGAAUAACUCCACCUGGAGGGUUCUGGUUGAACAACACAAAACAUGGGCGUUCUGGACAUGACGCGGGUGACCCUGUCCUUAGGGCUUGGUUCUUCCCACGGUAUGAGGUAUUCUUCUACUGCAAUGCAACUGCCUUUGCCGCAUCCCUUGUCCUAAUCAUCUUGCUUCUGAGUAAAAAUGUGACAAGGCAGAAGUUAUGGCUCCGCUCAAUGCAACUUACCAUGAUUCUGGACCUGUUUAGCCUAAUGGGGGCCUAUGCUGCUGGAAGCUACAGGGCAGUAAAGUCAUCCAUUUACAUCUGGGUUCUUGUCUUCUCUGUUUUCAUAUAUAUUAUGAUCCAUAUCCUAGUAUUUAUAAGAGUUGUUCGGAAAUUUGUUUCCGAAAAAAGAUUUGUUCUAAAAUGGCUGAAAGAGACGGCACAGUCUGUGCAAGAUUGGAUUCUAUCCAGGUGUGGUUUUCAGAUGACCCGAAGGAACAAUUACCAUGAGAAAGAUCUAGAGGAAGCUCGCAAAUUCAUUUUGAUGCUUGUGACUUUUGCUGCAACUGUGACAUACCAAGCAGGGUUGAGUCCACCUGGUGGUUUUUGGGCUGAAAACGGUGAUAACAAAAUUCCAGCUACAUCUAUGCUUCGCAGUAAAAACCUUGCUCGAUAUAAUACUUUUGUUAUUUGCAACUCAACUUCCUUUGUUGCGUCUUUGGUCACAAUCAUACUGCUUCUGAGCCCAGAAUUGAGUGGGCAUGGCAUCAGAUCCAAAGCAGUGAUUGUAUGUGUCGUUAUCGACAUAUUGAGCCUGGUUGGAGCAUAUGCUGCAGGAAGCUGUAGGAGUGUGGCGACAUCUGUCUGUGCUAUUUUAAUUGCUGUUGUAGUAUGGAUCUGCUUUGCACUUUUAGCUGGGAUCUUUGUUAACAGAUCUGUAGCAGGCUGGUUUGGAAAAAUCAAACCAGAUAUUAUGUGGUACAUGGAUAAAUUUGGCCGGGUCGUUUCAUUGAAUUUUGGCAGCAAGAGAUCAAGAAAUCCAGAGGGAGAGAACUCUAUUUCAAGUAAUCAGCAAACUGCAGAUUGCAUAAAAGAUGCAGCAGAACCAGAAACUGCUAGGGUAUCAGAAUACCAGCUUCAAUACCAUCAGCAAGAUCCAAAUAUUAAAGAGGGCGAAUCUCCUGGGGAGCAGCAGAGUACAGGCAAACAACAACCUACAAACACUGGGGUUGUGUCCAGUUCAGACCAUGCAUUUGUGAAUGACAAGCAAGCAGAAAAUGGCAGCAAUGUCACGUGCAACCUGGAAGGUCAGUCUACAGACGCAAAUUCAGUUGCAAACGAGGUUAUGUCUGAAACUGAAACAGAAAACAUGCAAGAUGCAAAGAUGGGGGAACAAUCUUCAUUGGUGGAUGAUCUUAAAAGUCCCAUAACUGUGGCUGGUAUGUCUAAUCAUGAGCAUCAAUUGGUAGAAAACCAUAGAGUUCAAAGUAUGAUCAGGCAAUCUUUCUCUACUGAUGAUCAAGAAUCCACAGCCAUGGAGUGCUUGUCCGACAUUGCAUCCAAUAACCAUGAUGGAGGCACCAACAGUGUCAAGGAAGAGGAAAAAACUUCUGAGGAGACUUUGGAAGAAAUUGAGAUAGAGAGUUCCGAAACCAUUAAUAUCUCUAGACCUAUUGAGAAUGGAGACAUUGGCAUGCAUGAAGUAGCUCCCAGACAAAAUGCCAGCAAUGUAAAUGCUGGUGCCAACCCAACUGAUGAACAUCUGAAGAAGUCCCGGACAUAUCUUCUUCUUCUAGCCAUUCUUGCAGUAUCCCUGACGUAUCAAUCAGGUUUAAAUCCACCAGGUGGUUUCUGGUCCCAAAGAGAGAACAAUAAUUCAACUGGUGUUUCCAUGCCUAAGAACACUCAUCAUCGUCCCUAUCAUUUACCUGGUGAUCCCAUCCUUGAGGACACUCACCAUCGACGCUAUAUUGCAUUCUUCUAUUUAAAUGCUAUCGCCUUUGUUGCAUCCCUUGUCAUGAUUAUUAUGCUCCUGAAUAAGAGGAUGAGCAACAAGGUCAUAAAACGAUAUGCACUGCAGAUAACAAUGAUAGUGGAUCUUCUUGCUCUAACAGGGUCUUAUGUUAUGGGGAGCUGUAGGGACAGCAAAAGUUCCAUAUACAUCUGGCUGUUGGUGUGCCUUGUGCUGGCUUAUGUUGUUCUUCAUGUUCUGAUAGCAAUACAUGUAAUCCCUGAAGGGUGCAAAAAGUUUGUUGCACAUGAGAUUGAGAAUUUAUCCUGCAGAUAUAUAUGGACAAACCCUUUGAAUGGGAACAACCAAAGAAGUGAUGCUAAUGGUAAUGAUUGUGAGCUUGGGCUGAGCCAGAGGGGUGAUGCUGAUGACAAGAACUGGGAGCAGAGGCGUAAUCUACUACUAAUGCUUGCUAUUCUAGCUGCAACAGUCACAUACCAAGCUGGCAUGAAUCCUCCAGGAGGUGUAUGGUCUGAUGACGAGGCGGUGAGUGGUAAACCAGGAGACCCAAUCCUUCAGCACAACAAUUUUAAGCGUUAUGAUGUUUUCUACUACUCAAACUCACUCUCAUUCGUGGCAUCUGUAGUUAUCACAAUAUUACUUGUGAACAAGGAAUCCUGCGAGCAUGGUAUCAAGUCCUAUGCACUAAGAGUGUGUUUGGUGGUGGGCUUGGUUAGCCUCUUGAUUGCCUAUUCUGCAGGAAGCUGUAGGAAAGCAAGAGAAUCUAUUUAUCUCAUCAUCAUUGCUGUUGCAGUUCUGAUUUCCCUUGUGAUUCAAGUGAUUCUUCUCUCCUCAACACAAGAUAGUCUCAGAGGACCGACUGGACAAUUUAUAGAACGUCUGCUUAAGCUGCUUUUUGGAAAGGAUGAGGCCUGGCAUGGAGCUACUUCUCAACAGAAAGAAAGCUCAGAUAGUCCUGAGAAAAAAGUUCGAAAGAGGCACAAGUAUUUGAUGCUGCUUGCAGUUUUAGCUGCCUCCAUCACAUACCAAGCUGGUCUCAACCCACCUGGUGGUUUCUGGUCUGACGAUAAUGAAGGCCAUGUGGAAGGCAAUCCUGGCCUAAAACCACCUGGUAAAUUGUGGUCUGAUAACAAAGGUCAUUUGGCAGGAAAUCCUGUUCUUCUUGAUAUUAAUCCUCAGCGCUAUGAAAUAUUCUUCUGCUUCAACUCUAUAUCAUUUAUGGCAUCUAUUGUUGUAGUCAUGUAUCUGUUGAACAAAUCUGCCCGGAAGAAGGAUGUGCCACUUGAAGUAUUGCAUUUGAUCAUGAUAUUGGACCUGCUGGCCCUCAUGACAGCUUUUGCUGCUGGAAGCUGCAGAAAAUUCAGGACUUCAGUCUAUGUGUAUGCUCUAGUGCUUGGUGUUGUAGUAUACCUUGUGAUUGUAGUUCUUUUGUCAAGUGGCAUUGCAAAAUGUCUGAGACCGAUGGAGAGAAAUAAGGUUUCCUCUCAGAGAAGUCCUAGUCACGCUUCUACAACAAGCACACUGAUACUUGAAGACCAAGUUUGAUGGUUCCAUCCCUUUGGUAAUAGUACUAAUUUAAAAGUUAGUUUUUCUUGUAUUAUCUGCAAAUAGUGUCCGUAUUUGGUUUUUCAGUGUAUGUUAUGUUCUGAGAGUUUGAACUGAACUGAAAUUUGGCGUUGCUGUAUGCUGUCCAUUUCUUUCAGAUUGUAAAAGAGUGCAAUCUUGAAGCUACAUGUGUAUGCCGUAAGUUCCAAUCUAUGCAAUGCAAUAACAAUCAAAUCCUGGAGACUAUAUCACGAUUUUCUGUUUGUCCCGUAUGCCUGAGCUUGAAAUUAUGUUGUGUAUGGCAUUGCCGUUCGUAAUAGUCUUGGAGUCACAACUCUGAAGGUUCCAUUCUUGUGGCAGCAUUGUUAGAAUGAAAAUAUUUUUAUCUGUAUUGUCUUCUGAUGGCUGUGGUUUUGUUUCGGUGAAUGUAUUCUGAGUCCAAAGGAACAUGGAUACCAGUGGUGCAGUACGCUCAUCAGCUUUGUAGUUUUUUCCCCCACUGAUCUUUGAUUUUUCCCCCCACAUAUGUAUAUGUAUGUGUUAUUAGGUUCCAGUGUAGCCCAUGCUACUACAGCCCUAGAGUUUAUUUUCAUGAUUUUUGCCACAUAUGACUGAACCUAUCAUGGACCUAUUCCUCUUUUCUUUUUUUCCCUUUUUUUUGCGAUUGUCUUCAAAUCACUUUGACUAUUUUUCUGUCAUUUCGGUAACCGCGGUCAUGGAAAUAGUCCCACUGCUUUUGAAUUGCUUGGAAGGCCUGAUGGUUUGCUGGUGGUGUUGAUUUAAUGUUUGCUGCCAAUGAAUUGUUGAUGUUUGGUGAUGUUGUUUUAUAUUUUCUCCAUGAAUGCAAUUCUCACUUUUAUUCAGUGAUCAUAGAGACCUCAGCAUUGAAGAAUGGAACUUCAAAGAUAUCCUUAAGGAUCACUUGCUUGAUUUGCUGGAAAGGCAUAGACUGUAUUGGAAACAGAGGGGCAACAUCAAGUGGGUUAAGCUGGGAGAUGCAGGAACUAAAUUUUUCCAUGCCAAUGCUACCAUUAGGCACAGAGGUAAUCUUAUUAGGGAGCUCCAGAAAAGUGAUGGGUCCUCUGUCAGUAAUCAUCCUAGUAAGGAAAAUUUGUUGUGGGAGGAAUUCAAGGAGAGGUUGGGCUCUUCAGACUUGAAUAGCUUUACUGUUGAUGCUAGUUACUUUGUUCAGACAACUUUGAUUUGUCCUCCCUUGAGGAGCCUUUCUCUUAAGAAAUCAACUCAGUGAUUAAGAGUCUCCCAAAUGACAAGUCCCCAGGCCCAGAUGGAUUCAAUAAUGAAUUUAUGAAAAAAUGUUGGCCAAUUAUCAAGCAUGAUUUCUACAAGCUCUGCAAUGAUUUCUUUGAAGAAUCUGUUUGCCUCAGAAGUAUUAACUCUUCCUAUAUCACUCUUAUCCCCAAGGUGGAUAAUGCAUGUUUGGUCACUGAUUUCAGGCCAAUUUCCCUCUCAAUUCUUCUGUUAAACUCAUCACCAAGAUUUUGGCUAAUAGGCUCCAGCAGCAUAUCACUUCCUUGGUCCAUAAGAAUCAAUAUGGGUUCAUCAAGUCCAGAACUAUCCAAGACUGUUUGGCCUGGGCAUUUGAAUACCUGCAUCUUUGUCAUCACUCCAAGAAGGAGAUUGUGAUCAUUAAGCUUGACUUUGAGAAGGCUUUUGAUAAGAUUGAGCAUCAUGCUAUGAUUACAAUUAUGAGAGCCAUGGGCUUUGGGGGAAAAUGGCUACAUUGGAUGGGCUCUAUCUUUUCUUCAGGAACAUCUACUGUGCUCCUUAAUGGUGUCCCUGGUAAUGGCCUUAAAUGAGAAAACAAAAUAAGGCCAUUCUAUCCAAGAAUCUGCAUAAUUCUUUAACAGGGCUGGUGUUCCUUGGGUUGAACUUAUAUGGGAGAAGCAUUAUAGAAAUGGAAAGUUGCCAAGUCACAUAAGAAAGGGAUCCUUCUGGUGGAGAGAUAUUCUUAAGAUUCUCCAGACUUUCAAGAGCUUCUCUAGGCCUUAGCUGCAUUGUGGAGAUUCUGCUUUUUUUUUUUUUGGCGUGAUGAUUGGCAUGAGCAUACCUUUGCUGAUUCAUCUCCAGAGCUCUUCUCUUUUGCCCUCAAAAAGCAGAUCUCUGUGAAAAAAGUUUUUGAAAGAGAUGAGCUGUCCUCUCUUUUUCAGAUCCCCCUCUCCUAGACAACCUUCCUUCAGUUGCAAAAUAUUCAGCAGGCUGUGGAGAACACUGAUCUUAACAAUGAAAAGGACAAGUGGGUGUACAGUUGGGGCUCUGAUCGUUUUGCCUCUUCAAAGGUCUAUUGGCUCUUGGUUGGCCACUCGGUGAUUCAUCCCAUGUGGCUUUGGAAAAGUAACUGUCAGCCGAAGCAUAAGGUCUUCUUUUGGCUGCUCAUCAAAGACAAACUUAGCACCAGAAACAUCCUCAGAAGGAGAAAUCUGCAACUUGAUUCUUAUUGUUGCGUCUUCUGCAAUAGCCUCACUGAAGAAAGAUUGGAACAUUUGUUUCUGGAAUGCCCAUUUACGGCUAUUUGCUGGGACCUCAUCAGAGUGGUCAUCCCCCUUCAGAGCACUAUCCUUGAUAUCUUCAGCCAAAUCAAAGUGCAGUUGGCCUCACCUUUUGCCAUGGAUGCUAUUGUUCUGCUCACCUGGGCAAUCUGGAAUGUUAGAAACGAACUAAUCUUCAAUGGGGUUCAGAUUAGUGUUUCAAGCUGUCAAAGGAUAUUUCUGAAGGAGAUCUCUCUCCUGCAGCACAGAGUGAAGCCAGCCUUUCUACCUCAGUUUACUGCAUGGAUUCAAAGUCUAGGAGGAUAAGAUGCUUAGAGCUGAUGUUAUUUGUUUCUUUUUCUGUAUCUUGAAUUUUCGGGUGUAUGUGCCCCCUUGUUUUUUUCUUUUGUUUGCUGUUAUUUUGCUACCCUUCGUUUCAAUAAAUUUUUUGUAGAGGCCUUGACCUCUCCAGUUUUCCUAAAAAAAAGUUAAACAUAUUUAAGUUUGACUAAAUCUUUAUAAAAACAAUUACAAAUAUUUAUGACAUUGAAUAUUCUCUCUAUUCCUAUUUAAUUGUUGCUAUGGAAAGCCGGUUGGUUCAAAUUUAGUAUGUUUGCCUUCUCAGAAAAAGAAGCGAAGUAAGUAUUAUCAUAUUAAUUAUAAAAUAUAUUUGCAUAGAAAAUCUAUUUGGAGACAUGAUUGUUGAUAUUAUUAUAUUUUAUAAAUUUCGUUAGAAAAGUUUGUCGGACUCUAAAUCUGUAAUUGCAUUUUUUUAAGACGUAUAUGGAGUAGUAUUUCUGAAUGUUGAUGACGCACGUAAUGUUCCUCGUACAGUGGGUUCAGUGAUUCUGCCCCCUUCCUGCCUGGCCGGCCGGCGGUGUUGGUACGAAUGCGGGGCCGGGUCGGGUCGCAGAGGUGCUUCCCCGACUCCCCGCCCGUCCCAUCCGCCACGCGCGUCAGGUGCUGGAGCGAACGGCCGAGCGGCCCCAGCCGCCGCCUGCACGCCGUGAGGCGAACGCGCAGCAGUGGAUCCGCUGGAGGUAAUAUUCCAUUUGCCUGUCCCAGAGGACCCGGAACGGCGUCCGGCCGGUGCUCGACGAAAUGCCGGACCGAGCAACGGUACUUCCCCGCCCGUACUGAACCCGUCCUGUGCUCGAACAAAUGCCGGAGCGGGAGCGGUGGACGUACCCGGCCCGGGUGGGUGCCCCGCCUUUGCCCGCUGGCGAAGCAGCGCCCGGCGUACGGACACCAAGCCCGGUGCCAGGCGCGCGCGCGCGCGUCCACCGCUUGGCCUCCGUUGAGAAAAGCACGACCGGGACGUCACGUCACGAUUCCGCACGCCGGGAUGAGACCGGCGAGCCUCGACGCGCAGUGGAAUUGUCAGAUGCCCAAGUCAGCGUGGCAGGUGGGCACGGUCACCGAGCACAACUGCUCGGCGGAGACACACGGGGACCGGUGGAUGUCUGAGCUGAGCUGGGACGACACGGACGGUGCGAACCUAUGGCACCACCAGUCAGCCAGUCUUCUGGAGAUUGGAGUGGACUUGCUCUCCGGCGUGAGCCCGUUCACACAGUCUGUCUUUGUCGGGGCCUCUACUAUUCCGGUGAGUCCACUCUGGUGACUGAAGAGUGCUGUUAUACAGUAUUUGCAUUUUCCUCUAGGUGAGGU